ACACCAUCUCUCUUUCUCCCUCCCUCCUUCCCCGACUACUAUCCAUCUUCUAUUCCGUUACUUGGACUGUCAAAAGAUGGUCGCAUCCAGUAUUCUCGGCUUUCCUCGCAUCGGUGCCAAUCGUGAGGUGAAAAAGGCCGUUGAGGCUUACUGGGCGGGCAAGAUCUCUGCGGACGAUCUAACCAAAGCCGCCGCCGACGUCAGGAAGGCCAGCUGGACCAGCGUCAAGGAGAAGGGCGUCGACUUCAUCCCUAGCGGCGAUUUCUCUCUUUACGACCAUGUCCUUGAUCACUCUGCCGCAUUCAACGUCAUCCCCAAACGGUACACUGGCCACAACCUGUCCCCUCUAGAUGUCUACUUCGCUAUGGGCCGUGGUCGUCAGGCUGAUGGUGUCGACGUGCCGGCCUCCGAGAUGAAGAAAUGGUUCGACUCGAACUACCACUACGUCGUCCCGGAGCUCUCGGAUGAGGUGGAGUUCAAGCUCAACUUCAACAAGGCGCUUGAGGAGUUCAAGGAAGCCCAGUCGCUCGGCAUUACCACCCGCCCGGUCGUUCUUGGCCCAGUUACGUACCUCGUGCUCGGUAAGGCGAGCAAGGAGGCUCAGCCCGGCUUCCAGCCCAUCUCGCUCCUUCCCAAGCUCCUGCCUUUGUACAAGCAGCUCUUGGCUGACCUCAAGUCUGCUGGUGCUGAGUGGGUCCAAAUCGAUGAGCCUAUUCUCGUCGUGGACUCUUCGGAGAACUUGGAGAAGCAGUUCACCACUGCCUAUGCCGAGCUGGCGCCCGUCGCACCCAAGAUUCUCCUCACUUCAUACUACGGACGGCUCGACUCGAACGUGAACUACGUGUCCAAGCUUCCCGUUGCUGGUCUUCACAUCGACCUCGACCGUGCCCCUGGUCAGCUUGACGAUGUUCUUACGGCCAUCAAGCCCACCAGCUUGGGCCUCUCCCUUGGCCUUGUUUCCGGCAGGAACGUAUGGAAGAACGACUUUGCGGCGUCCAUCAAGAUUGCUCAAAAGGCCAUCGACGUCCUCGACAAGGACCGUGUGAUCAUAAACACGUCGUCGUCUCUCCUCCAUACCCCUGUCACCCUCGCCUCUGAGAAGAAGCUCAGCCCGGAGCAGAAGGACUGGUUCUCCUUUGCCCUCGAGAAGGCCGAGGAAGUCGCAAUCAUCACUGCUGUCCUGUCUGGUUCCCAGGAUGAGAAGGUAGCCGCUGCCCUCGAAGCAAACAAGGCUUCGAUCGCCAAGCGCCGCCAGUUCGAGAGCACCUCCGACGACGCUGUUCGCAAGCGCGUUGCAGCGAUCACCCCCGAGAUGUUCAACCGUCAGAGCCCUUUCGCUGUCCGUCAGCAGAUCCAGGCGGCGAAACUCAAGCUUCCGAAGUUCCCCACGACCACCAUUGGCUCCUUCCCCCAGACUAAGGAGAUCCGCAUGGCCCGUGCUAAGCUCGGCAAGGGCGAGCUUACCGAGGCUCAGUACGAGGAGUUUAUCAAGAAGGAGAUCGACCACGUCAUCAAGUUCCAGGAGGACAUCGGUCUCGACCUCCUUGUCCACGGCGAGCCCGAGCGUAACGACAUGGUCCAAUACUUCGGCGAGCUUUUCAACGGCUUCGUCUUCACCCAGAACGGAUGGGUUCAGAGCUACGGUUCCCGUUAUGUUCGCCCUCCGAUCAUCGUCUCCGACGUCAGCCGCUCGGGUCCGAUGACCAUUAAGUGGAGCACGUACGCACAGAGUGUUACCGAGAAACCCAUGAAGGGCAUGCUCACUGGCCCCGUCACCAUCCUCAACUGGUCGUUCCCUCGCGCCGAUGUCUCUCGCGAGCUCCAGACUAGGCAGCUUGCUCUCGCCCUUCGCGACGAGGUCAUUGACCUUGAGAAGGCUGGCAUCAGCGCUGUUCAGGUUGACGAGCCCGCCCUUCGUGAGGGCCUUCCUCUGCGUCGCGCGGACUGGGAGGGUUACUUGAAGUGGGCAGUGGAGUCGUUCAAACUCGCCACCUCCGGUGUCACGGAUGCUCUCCAGACCCACUCCCACUUCUGCUACUCCGAUUUCAACGACAUCUUCCCCUCAAUCCAGGCUCUGGACGCCGAUGUCAUCUCCAUCGAGGCCUCGAAGAGCGACAUGAAGCUCCUCAGCGCCUUCAAGCAGUACGGGUACUCGGCUCAGAUUGGCCCUGGUGUUUACGACAUCCACUCUCCUCGUGUUCCCAGCGAGGAGGAGAUCAAAGAGCGUCUGAAGAACAUCAUCGAGGCUCUCCCCGCCAACCUCCUCUUCGUCAACCCCGACUGCGGUCUCAAGACCCGUGGCUGGACCGAGACUGAGGCUGCACUGAAAAACCUCGUCGCUGCUGCCCGAUGGGCACGCGAGACCUACCCUUAAAUGCGUCUCUCCGCGCUUCAACAGCGCCCUGUUAACUUAUCAGGGCUCUCUCAUCAGAGUCGUCCUGUUCGUGACUUAGGGUUCGUUGUGGCGAGAUGCGGGUUCAUAACGAUGGCCCUUCGGGCCGUCGCCGAGUGGACCGAGGAGGAAGGGGGCUCUUGGAAAAUGCGACGUUUCAACCCGCAACAGCGCCUCAUGAGGGAGGCAGGAGCUUCGCGUGUUGUACUACUAGCAUUCGGAUUUCAACAAUCCCCGAAUACACCAUCGUUGUGCUGAUUUCAUACCCAAUCGAUUACAAGAAGUGUGAACG